AUGCCUCUAGAUGGCGUCUGGAGACCUUGGGCUUCGUGGACAAAGUGUAGUAAGUUGUGUGGUGGCGGUGUUCAAUAUCGAGAACGAAAAUGCGAUAACCCGGCUGUGAACUCCAAACUCAACUAUUGUCCAGGAGUCGAUAAAGAGGAGAGAUUGUGCAACAACCAAACCUGCCCUUGUGAUGGUGAUUUUGGUAACUGGGGACCCUGGACACCGUGCACGGCGUCUUGUGGAGUAGGCAACAAGAGGCGUUUUCGAUUUUGUGUCAACCCACCACCGUCAAAUGGCGGGAGAGACUGUGAGCAGCCCAACUAUGAAACUGCAUCUUGUUAUCAGCCUUUCCAGUGUCCUCAAGAUGGUGAGUGGACCUUGUGGUCUAUGUGGACACCGUGUCCAGCUUUCUGUGGCAGCAAGGGCAUAAGGCAACGAUGGCGAACGUGUCAAACAUCACAACCCACCCAAUAUAAUCCCGCAUACCCAUCAGGACACCUACGUGGUACAAAUUGUCAAGGAAAGUCUCACGAAUUGGAAAUAUGUGAGCCAAACUACUGUGAGGCUCUAGCCAGUCUUCAACCAGUUUAUGUCUGUCUGUCACCUAAGCCAAUUAUCGAUGGUUCGUUGGUUGUCACUGGAAGUGGCUCGGAGGAGACAGGCUAUGAGUCUGGUUCCAGGGUAUCAUAUCAAUGUGAUGAAAAUUUGCCAGGAGUAGUCUUGGAGCUUGUUGGUCCAUCACAUCAAACAUGCCAACAAGAUGGAAGUUGGAGUGGUGUAGAUCCAGUGUGCAUACCCAGUGGAGAGCUCACAGCAGAUCGAUUCAAGCGUAAUGUUCCACUCCUCGUUGACUUUAAACCAGCAAAAGAUUCUAUCGAUUACGCUUCACCGUAUAGUCCCAGUUAGCAACAACACAUAUUCAUCAACCAACGACUGCCAUUCAAUGAAAC